AUGACAUCGACACUGUACAAUAAGAUUGGACUUAUACCCAAACAGAAACCGAUUAGAGUAAUGAUAAUGGGACAACCAGGCGUAGGGAAAACUGCGCUAUUGGUGCGAUUCGUGACGAAAAAGUUCAUUGGUGAUUACGACCCCAACCUAGAAAAAAUGUACACAUACCAAGUGUCCAUGGAAUCGGAAAUGGUUAACUUCGAGAUAUUGGACACAGCUGGAUACGUACAAGACAAAUCUUGCAACUUGGAAAUGAACAUGCGCUGGGCAGACGUGUUCAUACUGGUAUACUCCAUUACGGAUAAAUGUUCGUUUGACGAUUGCAGUAGGCUCAAGUUUUUGAUUAACUACAAUAAAAAGAAACGUCGUCUCUCCACCAAAAUGGGUAGAUGCCGGAAAAAAAUUGGUGGACGAACAUACAAAAAUUUUUCUGAUCAUGAUUUGCAAAGAGCUGUUGCUCUCGUUAAGAACGGUGUUUUAACUGAGCGUCAAGCAGCUGAACAAUUUGGAAUUCCAAAGUCUACAAUUAAUAGAAAGAGAAAUAAGAAAAAUUUGAAGCCUGUUGGGAGACCUUGUGUUUUAUCUACAAUAGAAGAAUCUAUGUUGUUGGACGGACUAGUUACAGCUGGGAAAUGGGGAUUCCCUUUGACAUCAAAAGACAUUGGUUUUAUUGUAAAAAAUUAUUUAGACACUGAAGGCCGUAAAGAACAAAGGUUUAAAGAUAAUUUACCAGGUCAAGACUGGCUAAAAUUGUUUUUACAUAGGCAUAAUGAUGUACUAACAGUUAAACUAUGUGAAAACAUAAAGCGAGCUCGGGUAGCAGAUCAUCCAUUUGAUGUGCCAGUGAUACUGGUCGGUAACAAAGUGGACCAACAGUAUGAUCGGAUGGUGACGUACGCCGAAGGUCGGAAACGGUGCCAGGAACUUGGGUGCGUGGCUUUUCAUGAGAUUUCAGUGAGGGAAGAUGUUGAUCAAGCAUAUGCAGUGUUUAAGGAAGCGUUCACAUGUUGGAAAUCAAUGUCUAAAAAUCCAAAACUAAAACGUUCUUCUUCUGAUCACGGUGCAGAAGCACUCUUCAAUUCAGCAUCUAGAUUCAUAAGUUGGCCGUUAGUGUUCGGCGACAGCGCGUGCAGUUCAUCAAAUCGUUCGGAAGACACUCCCGAGUUCCGUGCCAGGGCUUCGACGGAAGGACACAUCCGGUCGGGCGCGACGGCUUGCCGGUAUCUACCCACGUUGUCGGCCAGAGGAAGUAUUUGCUGCUACUUGAAAAAAUGA